ACUACUAUAAAAAUGGGUAAAGAAAUGGAAUUAUUAAAUUCAAAGGCAAAAAAAGCAUGCAAAGUACUCUUAAAACAUGUUCAAUCAAUAGAAAAAAAGAAGGAAAAAGAGAAAAAACAGGAUAUUUUAAACUUAGAUAAAGAAGAUCUAAGGUCAUCGUUGCCUGUAUGGGUUAUUUUAAGUACAAAAACAUUCAUUACAAAUAGUAAAAAACUUAAACCUUCAAAAAUAGUGUUAAAACAUCCUAUAAUUAAUCGAGAUAGUGAAUGUUGUAUGAUUGUAAAGGAUCCUCAAAGAGUUUAUAAAGAUUUAGUUACAUCGGCAAAAUUAAAUAAACGAGUUACAAAAGUAAUUGGGAUUUCUAAGUUGCGUAAAAAAUUUAGAUCAUAUCAACAAAAAAGGGAACUUAGGGAUUCAUAUGAUUUCUUUGUAGCGGACAGUAGGGUAAUUUCAUUACUUCCAAAGCUUUUAGGAAAAGCAUUUUAUGAAAAGAAACGACAACCUAUUCCAAUUGAUUUGGCAACAAAAUCUACACCAGAACAUCUUUUUAAAGAGAUAGAGAAAGCAUACUCUUCAACAUAUCUUCAUUUAUCUCCAGGAACAUGUACGAGUAUAAAAUGUGGAGCAAUUUGUCAAACACCUGAACAAAUUGCGGAAAACAUUCAAAUUAUUACAAAUACAUUAGCAGAAAAGUUUGUAAAAAAUGGAUGGAAAGGAAUUAGAGGUUUUCAUAUUAAAACAAGUGAAAGUAUUGCUCUACCUAUAUGGCUUUGCGAAAACGUUUUUGAUGCAGAUGUCGAUAAAGUUAAAGAAAUAGAUAAAAUAGUUAAUGAUAAAAAAAGAAAAGCCAAUGACUUAAAUGAAGAAAACCUAAAAUUAGAAGAAAAUAUAGAUAACGUUCAAUCUACACAAAAUAUGCAUACAAAAAAGCAUCGUAAAACUGCAACAAAACUAUAA